AAGCGAGCGCGCCGACCUUGCACUUGAAAACUAGUCUAACUGCGCAGUCAGUAGGAGGCGGUCGCGACGGUUGUAUAUCCGUCUCGCUCACACUAUCAGCUGAUUGUCUCUCCACUCUCAGUCAUGCGGAGAUAGCGCGCGCAAAUGGACGUGGUAAACGGAUCGCCGUCGCUGCGGCUUCGCGGCGGUGUAAACAGUAACAGUGACAGUAAAAAACAUGAGUUGAACUUGUGUACGAGUGCGAUGUCGCCGGAGACGCAGCGGCUGCUGCCGCCGACGACGGAGACCAUCAUGACGAAGCCUUUCCCCAUACGAGGAGAGCGAGCGAAUUACGUGAACAUCCCCCAUGUGAUUGCCAUGGUGGGGUUGCCAGCACGGGGCAAGACAUACAUCUCCAAGAAAUUGUCCCGCUACCUUAACUGGAUAGGAAUUAAUACUAGGGUAUUCAACCUGGGGGAGUACAGGCGGCACGCCACGACAGCAUAUACGAGUCAUGAGUUCUUCCGUGCCGACAACAAGGAGGCGAUGGCCAUCAGGCAGCAGUGUGCGCUCGACGCGCUGCACGACGUCUGCGAGUGGCUGGUCAAGGGGGGGGAGGUCGCUGUAUUCGACGCGACAAACUCUACGAUGGAGCGGCGGCGCAUGAUCCGUGAUAUCGUCGUGCACAAGAUGGGCUUCAAGCUGUUCUUUGUCGAGUCCAUCUGCGACGACCCGCGCAUUAUCGAGCAGAACAUUAUGGAAGUAAAAGUAAGCAGUCCAGACUACACCAACAUCCAAAACACAGACAACGUACUGAACGACUUCCUACUCCGAAUAGAGCAUUACAAGGAGAAAUAUGAACCGCUGGACGAGAAUUUAGAAGCGGAGUGCAGCUUCAUGAAGAUAUACGACACCGGGGAGAAGGUGGUCGUCCACAAACAUGAAGGGCACAUACAGAGUCGGAUCGUGUACUACCUAAUGAACAUACACAUAGUUCCAAGGACUAUUUACCUUACCAGGCACGGCGAGAGCAUGCACAACCUGGUGGGCCGCAUCGGCGGCGACAGCAGCCUGUCGGCCCGCGGGCUGCAGUACGCGGCCGCGCUGGCCGGCUACAUCGAGCAGCAGCAGAUCCCCGGCCUGCGGGUGUGGACCUCGUGGAUGAAGCGCGCCAUACAGACCGUCACCGACGUCAGAGCGCCGCAGGAACGCUGGAAGGCGCUCAACGAGAUCGACGCCGGUAUCUGCGAGGAGAUGACGUACGCGGAGAUCCAACAGAAGUACCCGUCGGACUUCAACGCGCGCGACGCCAACAAGUUCGCGUACCGGUACCCGCGCGGCGAGAGCUACGAGGACCUCGUCGCAAGGUUGGAGCCGGUGAUAAUGGAGCUGGAGCGGCAAGGCAACGUGCUGGUGGUGUCGCAUCAGGCUGUCAUGCGGUGCUUGCUGGCCUACUUCCUGGAUAAGUCUGCUGAGGAGCUGCCUUACCUGCAAGUGCCCCUGCACACGGUGAUCAAGCUCACCCCCGUGGCGUACGGCUGCCGCGAAGAACACAUCAAGCUCUCCGUCGACGCCGUCGACACGCACCGACCCAAGCCCGCUGUGAUCCCCGCGCCGCCUAUCAAGCCGCCCGCGCCGCCUGCGCUCAACGGCGAUGCGCGCGACAACACAGACAAUGACCGCGCGGCGCACUAACGUGGACCUAGUGUGGACUAACAGUGCACUCAGUGUGCACCAAAAGUGCCCUAAGUGCGCUAAGGAUGUACUAAGUGCGCUAAGAUUGCACCAUGUGCACUAAAUGCGCUGAGAGUGCGCUAAGUGCACACUUAUAAACACACAGCGCUUUGUACGUAAUAGUGAUUGACGAGCACACACGCGUGUGAACUUAUAGUGCACUGGUCUUGGAUUGACACGCAGUACGUGUAAUAAAAGUGAACUAAAUGUGCACUUAUUAUCGGAAUCAUAUCCGACAUUGCGAUGUUAUAGUCUAGGCAAUUUGUGAAUAGGAAUAACAUUAAUUAACACUUUCAAGGACAGAACGUCUAAUGACGUUCCGAUUCCAAGGUGUCAUAUUACCUAUUAUGAACCAACAAUGACCCAUGACCUCUGUUUGUGAAAGGGUUAACUCUUUCACGAGAGAUAAAAAACAUUUUAUCAAAUAUUUUGGUUAGACAAGUUUAUCUUUUCAUUGAAAUGAGAUUUUUAAAUCUACUAUAUCAGAAAUAUAGUGGUUAUAAUCUUAUUCACAGUGUGCUUAGACUAUUGCUCUAUGUGUUACUUAGCUGAUAUUUUGGUAUAGCAUUGGUUUUAAUACAUCGUCAGGGAUAAUUCAAUAGUAAAUACCCUAUCUACGGGUAUGAGAUUUUGUUUUAUUAUAUGAUACCGUUACAUUUGAUUUUUAGCCAUCAAAAAUAAAAUGACAUGGUGAUGUAAAGAUAUUUCCUGCCGAUAGCAUAGAAUAGAGAAUAAUAAGUAUAGAACUAUAACUCCGCCCCGCACCAUAACGUAUCGGACGCCGAUUUCACCCCCUCUGGGUCUUUAGUCUUAAAUGACACUAAGGAAUAAGUGGGAGCGUAAGUAGGCCCACUGUGUAGUUGCUUGGAUCAUAACUUCGUAAGAAAUAUUGCAUUGAAAUAUCCCUGAUGUCACACUUAACGUUCGUAAAUGACUUCUAAAGUCAACAAAAACAACACACACAACAACAACACAACAGCAACAACACAACAUCAACUACACAACUUAUAAGCCAAAUGGGAACGUAAAAGUAAUGCAAAAUGAUAGCUUGUUCCGUGCCAGUUAAGUAUGAUCUUAAUGCCACUAUAAAGCUGUUUUCAGCUAAAGCUAAAUGUCUACUUGCUGUUUUCAGGGUUAUCAUGUCUAUAUCCUCUUAUGAUAGUUAGGACUUGUAAAACUAAUUUAACUUUAUCAAACAAUCCCUAGAUAGUUCUUGUAAUCUUUUGACUACUUAGUAGAGACUUAAGGUGAUUCGUUUUCCAUACAAAAGUUGAUGCAGUGCUACAGGAAAACGGUUAGAGGAAUAUUGUUAUAAAACCGAUAAAUAGUAAUAUUUUGGUGUAUUAUUUUCGCAAACUAACAAAAUUUUAAGGUCCAAAUACGAGAAGUACCAUAUUUCAGACCCUCAAUUUUGAUCAAUUCUACAUUUGUAGUGGUGCAGAUUACAGUGUAUUUGCUGAGCGUGUAGAGGUGUCAAUGUUAGUUUGUGUGCGUGAUAGUUUUUUUUCUCUAAAGGCUUUGACUACUUGACAAGUGUAAUAGAAUGUCAGUGACAAUUUAUAAAGAGAUUUUGUAUGAAGAGAAUAAAUAAAAAACUAAAAAUCUGAGAAAAGGAAUAUUGGACAAAUAUUUUUGUUUUAACGCAUAUUAUUUAAACAUUUUUAAAUAAUGGGUAAGUACCGUGUUUUAAAAGAGGACAUAUAUUGUAAUAAAAAAUCAAUACAUAAAAUGAAAUGGCUGUAUGGGCAUAGUUAGUUCCCUUUGCCUUACCCUUCGGGGAAAACCAAAUCAAAAAAAAGUUGUUGCAUUUGCCGGCCUAAAUAGUAGUAAUUUUUAAUUAAUUGUUUUUCCAUCCAACAUACAGAUUUAUUUAUAUUCUCUUUGCCGCGGACUUUUUGGUGGAAACGGGAACGGGAAGGUUGAUUUCUUCGUUGAAUAAUCUAAAUAAUCAAUACGAAGUGGUGUUUUGUGGUUAAUGAUCACAUUAAGUUAGUCGGAAAACAUUCCCGAUAGUAUUAUUAAAUCGGAAUAUUCAAUAAACAAAGUGUACCUAACCUAAGCCGCUUACUUCGUUUGGGGUACGGAGUAGGAGUCUGCUCCGAGGGUGGGGCUUAGGUUUCAUCAUUUCAUUAAUCAUCAUCAAGAAAAAAACACAAGACAUGGCUGUAUGGGCAUAGUUCCCUUUGCCUUGCCCUUUGGGAAAAAAAAUAAGAUACAUUUUGAAAUUCUUAUGUAUAAUAAACAAACAUCACAGACAUCAUGACAGAUCUAAAAGUAACGAAAAUCUUUUUUCUUUUUUCUAUUUGACUUAUUUAUGAAUUUUAAUCAAGAAAACGUGAUAAUAAGUUCGACAGCAACCAGUUCAGGUCCCCGAAACAGCCCAUUUCAGGCCGCCUAUAUAUGGAAAUACUACUUCAAUACGUCCCAGCCUCGUCUUUUUUUAACGUCCUCGUUAAAAAAAGACGUCCUGACCUGAACUAACUAACCUAACAAUAAACACCACGCGUAAAUAUAAAUCCAGAAAUGCGCUGCAAGUCGUCUGGACUGGGCGCGAAAACAACAUAGAAUUCGAUUAGCUGCUAAGUGUCCCGCAUGCUAUCACCAGCUGUCAGUGACAUACGAAUGAAGUCCCGCGGAUUUUAUUGGAACUAAAUGACAAGUCAUAAUAAUUACAUGCGGAUACUGCGACAUCAGCGCCGUGCUUGCGGGACGUCCUGAAGCGCUAUUACAUCUUUCAAACGCGAUGCGACAAAGUUUGAACCGACGCAAUUUAGGAAAAAUCUACCUUAUUAUUACUGUACUGUGAUCGUUAUUUGUAAAAUCAUACAAUACAUAUACACAAUUCUUUAUACACAAUAUAAUUAUUAUGACAUAUUGUGGACUUUUCGGUAGACCUACAAAAAAGGAACAAUUCAACCAUACGUUGUUUUGUUAUAUCUCAAUGGGCUCAGGCAGUGUUUUCGCCGAAAGCUCCAAGUCGGCUAUAUUUGUAACGAUAAUUAUGUUUGACAUUCAUCAUCAUUUUUGAACCAUUUUAUACAAAAAAAAAAUACUUGUAUAAAUUAUAUGCCCUAAAGCACGCCCAUGAAUACACUCUACUCAUUGGUGAAAACCGUAUGAAAAUCCGUUCAGUAGUUUUUUAGUUAGCCGCAUGUUCACUGAUGCGAUUAAUGCCUGUUAGAAUUUUACAAAAUAAAAAAUACGGAAAUUACGGAAGGUACUUUAGUGCAAAGUACAUUAUUGUAUAAUUAUAAUAUUAUUGGUAAAAGUGAUACUUUUUGAAAAUUCCGUAACAAAUAGACGGGUUCGCCAAAUUCAAUUGUAAAAAAAAAUACAAAAAGUAAAAACAAUUAAAACAUGCACUUGGGUUCGAACCGUAAAACUUAAGAAUGGCGGCGACUGCUUUACCAAAUGCGCCAUUUAGAAGUUAGAAGUAGAUUUCAAAUUAUGCAUCUCUUUUAAUAGCUAACCUAGUUCGCAUGUGUGUGUGACAGCUUCGUGUUUGUACACAAAUUGAAAUGACACCAACUUUUGAUGCAAUGUUUCAAUAUGAUAUCUGCAGUAAAUACUUCAAAAUUGUAGCUUAACUUAAAGAUAAUGUAUGUAAGAUUUCGCCACCUAACAUUUCACUGGGUCAGAACUCAACACUAAACGAAUAAAUGGAAAAAAAUACGAAAACUGCAGAAGUAACGCCAUCUGCUGACGUAGCGUUACCUAGCUGACUGAAACGCAUCACCUUAAAUUAUAAUUCUUUAAAGAAAAUAAAGAGAUUUUCUCUAGUAGUAACAAUGUUUAUUGUACCAACCAGUUUAUAGAUAAACAUUCAAACGUGUGUUCAGUUUAAAAAUAAAUUUAAACAUUCUAAAUGUGAUACUACAAUGAUGCCAAAAAACCUUUUAAAUUAAAACAAACUUUGCUCUGCAAAAAAAUUAUGAGUUAUAUUUUAUCCAAAGAAAAGUCUCCACUAAAUAGUCAAUUACUAAUAAUGUAACGAAGUGAUAGACUUUACUGAAAUAUUCCAAUUCUUUCAAAUUAUCUUUCGAAAAUUAGCAAAACUUGUCAUAUUCAACAUUUAUAUUGAUCAUCCCAUUGGCAUAGUUCAGUAAAGUCCUUUGCCUUGCAAAUUGUAAAAUAAAUAAAUGAAUAAAAAAAAACAAAUUGUCUAUGACCAAUGAGUACUUUCGUGUUAUAAACGAGAUAAUCUAAUAAAUUAUUGUGGUGGUACUUACUGUGACGGGCUGCAUGGGACGAUUUUGAGACUGACGAAGUGAGUUUAAGAGUUUUGUAAAUUUUAUGCUAUGUUGGCUGGAUAUUGGAACGAUUAGCGACAUAACGCUCUUUAUAAACUUUCAUUAUCUAAAAGUGUUUGUAGUAAAGGCGUUUUCACACUUCGGUUUUUAUUUGAUCCGAGUCCGUGAAAUGACGGAUCCGAAGUGGUCGUAAAACGAUUUCUGUAGUAGUUUAUUCUUCCGAUAUUUAAUCAUAGUAAUUUUCUACUAUUCGUCUUUCUCAGACACUGAUCGAAUAAUAAUCUGAAGUAAUGCAAAAGCGCAAUAAAUUUCUAAAUUCGACUGUGAACUUCUAAAUUGACCUUUAUGUACUUGUUUGCAUUAAUUUUAACUAUACUUUGAUAGUAUUAUUUUCUUCUGUUGUCCCAAUCCCACACUCGAAUUGGCCCUCCAGGGUUGAUGAGGUUGGUAAUCCACCUCACAACUCAUAGACAGAAGACCAACAAAAUUGGCCCACUGCUACAUAGCCUGUUGUUCCCAAUCGUCACACUUGGCUGAUGCAUACAGAGUUCCAUAUUUUUUCCAGAACCUUCUGGACUGCCUACCCUUCUAAAAGACCAAUGGCGUUUGAGUGUUACUCUCAAAUCCAUCCAGUUUCCGUCAACAUAAAAUCUAAAUUUAAAUGUAACGUUUCGCAGUCAUUAUCCCUGCUCAGAGUAGGUUUGGGGGCACGCCGUCCUAUCAGCUGCAGAACAAGAUUUUAAAAGAGAAUAUACUAACUUAAGAUACGAAUGAAACUCACUUGAGCUGCCUUCACGGCAUGAGUUACAUCAAGGGCUUCGACCAAUAGCUGAACAAUGUAUAUCUACGUAGAGAGUAUUCGCUGCGUCUAUUGCUCGAAGUUCUCGAUAUAAUACGCCUGUCGUGCAGACCUUAUUGCCAUUUUGUUCAAAGAAUUAUUAAUUUUUUCACCAUUCUCUUGUUAUUCUGUUAGUACUGUUAAUAAUAAAUAAUAGUAGUGUCUAAUUCUGACCGAAGUUUUAGCUUGACAGUUCUACAAGUGUCGCCAUCUCUUGUCCGAUUCACAAUGUUGUCCAAUAUUAAUUACCUAAUAAGAAUCCAACAAUACAUGCGCUGUGUGUGCCCCCACCCUUAUAUAUUUUUAUAAGCUAUCUCGUUUUGUCAACUCUCUCAUUCAAUCAUAUUGAUUAUACAUAUUUAACUAUACAGAUAGUGAUUUUUACAAAGUGGCUAUGUACGUAUAUUAAAUGUAAUAAAUAUUGUAAUUGUUAAUUUAAUAUUUUUAAUUAUAAGUGUAUUGUAAGUGGGA